AUGUCAUUCAUUGCUAGAAGAACAUCAACCAACAUCUACAAGUCAUUUGUUAGAUCAUACAGUGUAUCUGUAAACAAUGAUGCAAAAUUAUUGGAUAUCAUUAACAAGGAUUCGACUGAAGCAUCAUUGAACAAGGUAUUUUCAGAAAUCAAUGAUACCACUGGUUCAGCAGUAUACAACACUUUGAUUGAUCGUUAUGCAAAGCUCAAUCUCGAUGGACAAUGCAUGAGAGUAUACAAUGCAUCAAAGAUGAGAAAUGUCCCAGUUAGCGAUUCUGCCAAUAAAAUCAUCGAAGAACAAUGGGAAGACAAGAAUGUAAAGGAAGAAGAUGACGAUUUCUCUUCAUUGGGUCACAUUAGAGAAGACUUUUUGAAAUACAAGGAAUCAAAGACCAGAAGACCAUGGUUAAAUUAA